UUCAAACCAGAGAUCCACAAAAGAAAACGAGCAAAAUCGAACAUCAAUGGAAACAAGGUCUCUCCAAUUAUAUCACUGCUUCUUCUUCGUUCUAAUCCUGCUGACGGCUUGGCGGGAAACAAGCGGAGCGGCGGAUGCAGCGUGCAACGGUUCCAUAGCAGAAUGCGACGCAGGGGGUGAGGCUCUGAUGGAGUCGGGAAUAAGCCAAAAGUUUGUGGAGGAACAGAAGACAAGAUAUAUUUCAGCAGGAGCUCUGAAGAGGGACCAGCCCGUGUGCAAAGGGGGUGGCGGUGAAGCUUACAGUAGAAGUUGUCUCCCUCCCCCCUCUAACCCUCAUAGCAGAGGUUGCUACAAAUAUUAUCGUUGCAGAGAUGAUUCCUGAAUCAACAUCCUUCCCUUCCUUCUCCCUCUCCCUCUCUCUCUCUCUCUCGCAUCCUUCCCUAUUUUAUGUCCUCCUGUUUCUGUGCGAGAUUUUUUCCUCACCCUUUGCGCGAAUUGAAAUCCCCUCUAAAUAACAAAAGAUGAAUUCUGAACUAAUCAUCCUUCCCUGUGUAUCUAUGUCCUCGAUCUCUCUCCAUAAGCGAGAUUUUUCCACGCCCUUCAAUUGUAGGGAAGUCCCGAAGUGCAUUGUGUGCUCUCCUCUGAGGGUUGCAGCAUGAGAUAAUAUUUUAAAUAAGUGCGUGUUCAUUAUCUUGUUGUAUGAAUAUAUUUUAAAGUUUUU